UUUCCCCAAGUCUUUCUGAGGAAGUUCCCGGACUCACAGAGCUGCCCAAGCCCCCUGGCUGGAGCAUACGGCUUUCCCCCAAGGACCUCAGAAAGCUGAGAAUGUCGGACAGUCCCAGGACUGCGUUUGGGGGCAGGAGAGCCGUGCCCCCCAACAACUCCAAUGCAGCAGAAGAUGAACUCCCCACUGAGGAGCUUCUGGGCUUGGUGCCCCGGGGCGUCAACCUGCAAGAUUACCUCAAUGUCACAGAUAUUCACCUAUUCAAAGAGAAAUGGGACAGCAACAAGAUCGACCAUCACACUGACAAGUAUGACAACAACAAGUUGAUUGUCCGGAGAGGGCAGUCUUUCUACGUCCAGAUUGACUUCAAUCGUCCAUACGACCCAAGGAAGGACCUCUUCCGGGUGGAAUAUGUCAUUGGACGCUACCCGCAGGCGAACAAGGGGACCUACAUUCCAGUGCCUAUCGUCUCCGAGCUGCAGAGUGGAAAGUGGGGGGCCAAGAUUAUCAUGAAUGAGGACAGGUCUGUUCGGCUGUCCAUCCAGCCUUCCGCCGAAUGCAUUGUGGGGAAAUUCCGCAUGUACGUGGCCGUCUGGACCCCCUACGGCAUCCUCCGCACCCGCAGGAACCCGGAAACAGACACCUACAUUCUCUUCAACCCUUGGUGUGAAGAGGACGCUGUGUACCUGGAUGAUGAGAAAGAAAGAGAAGAGUACGUCUUGAAUGACCUCGGGGUGAUUUUUUAUGGAGACUUUAAUGACAUCAAGAGUAGAAGCUGGAGCUACGGUCAGUUUGAAGAUAGCAUCCUGGAUGCUUGCUUAUACGUGAUGGACAAAGCACAGAUGGACCUUUCUGGUAGAGGAAACCCCAUCAAAGUCAGCCGUGUUGGGUCUGCAAUGAUUAACGCCAAAGACGACCAGGGCGUCAUAGUGGGAUCCUGGGACAAUGUUUAUGCCUAUGGUGUUCCCCCUUCGGCCUGGACUGGAAGUGUUGACAUCCUGUUGGAAUACAAAAGCUCUGAUAAUCCGGUCCGGUAUGGCCAGUGCUGGGUAUUUGCUGGUGUCUUUAAUACAUUUCUGCGAUGCCUUGGAAUUCCAGCAAGAGUCGUGACCAAUUACUUCUCAGCUCAUGACAAUGACGCCAAUUUGCAAAUGGACAUCUUCUUGGAGGAAGACGGGAACGUGAGUUCCAAGCUCACCAAGGACUCAGUGUGGAACUACCAUUGCUGGAAUGAGGCUUGGAUGACGAGGCCGGAUCUUCCCGUUGGAUUCGGAGGCUGGCAAGUUGUGGACAGCACACCCCAGGAAAACAGCGACGGCAUGUACCGCUGUGGCCCUGCCUCUGUCCAGGCCAUCAAGCACGGCCAUGUGUGUUUCCAGUUUGAUGCACCCUUUGUCUUUGCAGAGGUCAACAGUGAUCUUAUUUACAUUACAGCUAAGAAAGAUGGCACUCAUGUGGUAGAAAGCGUGGAUACCACCCACAUUGGGAAAUUAAUUGUGACCAAACAAAUUGGAGGAGAUGAGAUACAGGAUAUUACUGAUACUUACAAGUUCCAAGAAGGUCAGGAAGAAGAGAGACUGGCCCUAGAAACUGCCCUCAUGUACGGAGCCAAGAAGGACCUCAAAACAGAAGGCCUGGUCAAAUCAAGGUCAAAUGUGGACAUGGACUUUCAAGUGGAAAAUGCUGUGCUGGGGAAGGACUUCAGGGUCACCAUCACUUUCCAGAGCAACAGCCCCAACCACUACAACAUCACAGCCUAUCUCUCAGGCAACAUAACCUUCUACACCGGGGUCUCCAAGACGGAAUUCAUGAACAAGACACUUGAUGUGGCGCUGGAGCCUUUUGCCUCCAAGCAAAAGGAGGUGCUGGUCAGAGCCGGUGAGUACAUGGGCCAGCUGCUGGAGCAGGCCUUCCUGCACUUCUUCGUCACAGCUCGCAUCAAUGAGACCAAGGAUGUCCUGGCUAAGCAGAAGUCCACUGCACUGAUUGUCCCCAAGAUCGUCAUCAAGACCCGAGGUGCUGCAAUGGUCGGCUCUGACAUGGUUGUCACCGUUGAGUUCACCAAUCCUUUAAAGGAAACUCUACAAAAUGUCUGGGUAUACCUAGAUGGCCCUGGUUUAUUGAAACCCAAAAGGAAAAUGUUCCGUGAAAUUCGGCCCAACGCCACCGUGCAAUGGGAAGAAGUGUGUCAGCCAUGGGUCUCUGGCCCUCGGAAGUUGAUAGCCAGCAUGACCAGCGACUCCCUGAGACAUGUGUACGGCGAGCUGGACUUGCAGAUUGAAAGACGACCUUCCACCUAAACACACAGCAGACGGAGAUGGACCCAGGCACUUGGUCUCUUGCAGAGUUAGCUGGGGAAAUUCUAAAGCAAAAAUAGUUAGCUCUUAUUUUCACAGGCAUGGAAGACCCAAACAAGACCGGGGAGGGCCCCAGGGCCAGGACACCAUACACUUCAGAAACGCUUUUCCAAAUCCAGACUAUCCAGUGUAGAGGUUAGCUUUGAAUCACUCUACCUUCCAAGGAUUCGGAGAAUUAACUUUAAUUAAGCUCUAAUUAAGCUCUCAUAGCUCAUAAGAGUAAAUGCCAUCAUUUAUCUUUGCAAAUGGCUGCAGCUCCAAAUAUCAGAGGGCUUCCCCUAGCAGAAGGAUAUGCUCAAUACCUAGCCUCCUUUAAAACUUCUGAUCCCCACUCAGGCUUUGGAGGGAACAUAUGCCCUCAAGAGAUAGGAGCAUAUGAUUUGGUCCUUAGAAUUCUAGUCUCCUUUCUUGGAAUCAGGUUCUACCCUCUGUGUUAGAAUAUUUGUUCCAGGAAUUGAACACAUCAUUUUUCUUCUUGGCAAAGCCCAGGGAAGGUUGUUCAUCUUGCACCUGCAGCCAAGCAGCUUCCUGCCAAAUUCUACAGCUUCACCUUGUAAGAAGAUGCAGCCCCAUAUUAACAAAUUGCAUUUGUGGGAAACUCAGUCACCUAGGAGGAGAGAGAAAGCAGGUGCAAUAGUCAGAUCUAUUAAAUAAUGUAGCUUUGUGGUACAUUUUAUAGGGGUCACAUAGUGGCCUGAUCAGCAGGAAUCAAUAUCCCUUAGUUUAACCCUUUCUGGGUGCAGUGGUACAAAGUAAUGGGCUUACUUGGGACUGCAGAAAUGAGAAAUUCAUUGCCUUAAUUAGUUAAACACUUCCCUGUGUCUCUGGAGUCAUUUCCUCUGUGCAGUGACACAGGCACAAAUCUCUUUUAGAAUUGAAUUAAGCCCAACAGGUUGCAGAAGAUGGCAGAUUUAGUGGUGAAACUCAUAGACAGGCAGGCAGCUAUUGAUUCCCUCUUUGCCUUUAUAUUGCCUGCAUGGGGAUGUCACCUCAACCUUCAGGUGUUGGAAGGUGCCAUGGACCCAGCUUGGCCAAUAGUCAAUGCUAGUGCAGACCUAAUGACAAAUGAUGCCAGGAGACUUUCUGUUAUGCUCCAAGGGCCCAAGAGUCAAAGCUGCUGGUAUUUUUUUAUAAGGUGGCUAAACAGUCAUAUUUUCCCUUUGAAAUUUCUUGGUGUGACUUAGUUCAGCAGACUAUGACUGACAGAAACACAGUGGAAAAGAGGGUGCAGGAGUCAGAAUGGAAUGCUCGGUCUACAUAACGCCAUUGCUAAGCCUUGUAGCUUUUGCUUGAGCCUUCAGUGGCAACCCAUGAGAGCUGGUGAGUCCCCUCCACAGCAAAUCCCAGCCAUACACAACUCCCUACAUUUGCCAUGCUUUGCAAUGCCAAAUUUUAAAAUGUAAUACAUUUUGCUAGACUGUUCAAUUACCUUACCUUAAUAUGUUAUUAAUGGGAAUGUAAUAGAUGCUUCAAAUAAAGUUAAUCUCAUUACUUUGCAUCUGC